AUGCCUUGUUGCGCUCCCGCCCGCAGCGUCGCCUUCGCGCCCGGCCGCAGCUCCCGCCCGCAGCAUCGCCUUCGCGCCCGGCCGCCCGCACGCCCCGCCAGCCACUUCUGUGAGGCCCUCUGGACGGUGGUCGUGCAGGACGGGGUAGGACGGGGUAGACUGGUGGCAGUGGCGGCGCUGCUGCUGCCGGUGGUCGUGUUGCUGCCGCGGUGUCGGGGCGUCGCGGCGCAGCCCACGCCACGGUGCGGGGACGGCGACCUUGCCGCGUUGCGAGGGUUCUCGGCCGGUCUUGAUGCUCUGGUGGAUGGAUGGCCGACCGUCGCUGAUGACGAUGAGGACGGCUGCUGCGCGUGGCCAGGCGUGGUAUGCGGCCGCGCGGGCGUCGUCGGGGUGGUGCUGCCGAACCGGGGGGAUAUGACCGCGUUGCUCACCGGGCUGACGGCGCUCCGCGUGCUCAACCUCUCCGGCAACGCGCUGCGGGGCGCGCUCCCGCCCGGCCUCCUCCGGCUGCACCGCCUCGAGGUGCUCGACGUCAGCUCCAACGCGCUCGCCGGCGCGAUCGGGCCCGAGCUCGAGCUCCCGGCGGCGCGCGUGUUCAACGUGUCGUACAACGCGUUCAACGGCAGCCACCCGGUGCUCCCCGGCGAGGCCCCGACCCCGCCGCCCAAGCCGCCGCGCCCCUCUCCUCCGACCCCUCCUCCUUCCCAGCCCUGCGCUCCGGCACGCCUCGCCGCGCCUCCGCCCACGCCGGCCCGCGUCCUCCAGCCCCGCACUUCGCGGGCGUCCGCCGCUUCCCCGAAUCACGGCCUCAUCUCCGGCCGUCGCGCCGCCUCCCCGAACCAUGGCCUAGUCUCCGGCCGUCGCGCUGCCUCCUGGGCUCCAUCCUCAUGGCGUAGCAGCAAGAAGCCGCCGCCGCCGCCGCGGGGCAAGGGCAAGGGCAAGCGCCCCUCGUCCGCCUCCGCCGGGGACGACCCCUUCUUCGAGUCGGAGCCCAAGCGCCGCCGCGCCCGCGCGGACGAGGACAUCGAGAGCGGGGACAGCGACGACGACGCCCUCGCGCUGGGCGGCGCCGUCGUGGGCGAGGAUGAGGAGGAGGAGAAGGAGGACCUGGAGACGGCCGGGGAGAAGAGGUUGCGGAUGACCAAGGAGUACCUGGAGAGGAUCACCGACACGGUGAAGAGGAACAAGGAGGAAGAGGAGGAGGAGGACGACGAAGAUGACGACGAGGAUGAUGGUUUGCCCGGGGGGAGGCGGGUCGCCAAGCUCCUCCGGAAGAAGCAGCUCGUGGAGAGCGGCAGGCAGCGCCUGAGCCUUGCCGCAAGGGUGUUACCGCCGGGACAGCAGGAUGGAUUCAAAUUUAUAGCCAAGCACCGGCAGCCAGUGACUGCCGUUGCUCUGUCGAAGGACAGCGACAAGGGGUUUUCGGCGUCCAAAGAUGGAGUUAUCCUCCAUUGGGAUGUCGAGACCGGGAAAAGCGAGAAGUAUUUGUGGCCAACUGAAAAGGUGUUGGUUUCGCACCAUGCUAAAGCUCCUCUGUCUAAAAAGAGAAGCCAGCAGGUGCUUGCACUGGCUGUUAGUUCCGAUGGGCGAUACUUGGCCACUGGUGGCUUCGACAGGCAUAUCCAUUUGUGGGAUGUUCGAACACGGGAGCACAUACAGGCAUUCAGUGGACAUAGAGGGCCAGUAUCCUGUCUUGCUUUUGGCCUGGACUCUUCGGAGUUAUUCUCUGGUUCUUAUGAUCGUUCAAUAAUGCAGUGGAAUGCUGAAGAUAGAACAUACAUGCACUGCCUAUAUGGUCAUCAAGGUGAAAUAUUGACAACUGAUGCACUCAGCAAAGAUAGACUUCUGACUGUAGCACGGGAUAGAACAAUGCAUCUUUGGAAGAUACCGGAGGAGUCACAGUUAGUCUUUCGUGCGCCUGCUGUGUCUUUGGAGUGCUGCUGCUUUAUCGAUGACAAGGAAUAUUUGUCUGGAUCAGAUGACGGAAGCCUCGAGCUUUGGAGUGUUAUGAGAAAGAAGCCUACUCACAUAAUAAAAAAUGCCCAUCCAGCAUUAGCUCCUAUUUCACUUGACAGCGCUGAUGAAAAGUUGCCCAAAGAAAAUGGAAUUUGUAAGCCUCAGAGCCUUUCAUCAGCUCAUUCAUGGAUUAGUGCUGUUGCUGCAAGAAAAGGUUCUGAUCUGGCUGCGUCUGGAGCAGCAAAUGGUGUUGUCCGCCUUUGGACAAUUCAACCUGAUUCAAAAGGGAUGCAGCCAUUGUUCGACUUGCCACUGGAUGGCUUUGUCAAUUCUCUUGCAAUAGCAAAAUCGGGACGCUUCAUUGUUGCUGGUGUUGGCCGAGAACCUCGUCUUGGGAAAUGGGGCUGUGUCGCAACAGCAAAGAAUGGGGUUGCAAUUCAUCGGCUUAGUCUACAAGAUGACUCUGACGAUUUGUAGGGUAGAUAGCCUGCGCAUUGAGAAACACCCUGCGGCUUGUUCAUACACUGUGAAGACGAGAAAGAUUGUACCAACACCAUGAGUGUCAGUCACACUUGCAGCUGAAAGAUACAGGAAGGUUGAACCGCAAGCUUCAUGCACCAGCUUUACCGUUCCGUUCAGUGAAGCAAUUUCUGUGUGCAAGCACGGAUGGAGAGGUGUUGGAAUGAUUGGAUGUAGAAUGUGAUUUCUGGGGAAUGUCAUGUUCAGUUUUCUUCUCUGUUUCCAUUGUAGACGGCAGCUGCAGGAUUGAAACCCUAUGAACAAGCUCAGGAAAUGAUUGUCCAGUUUUGUGCCCUGCCUGAAAUGAUUGUCACAGGAAAUUGUUGAGGUAGUUUUUUGCAGGGAAACAUUUUUUGUGGUUUUGGCUUUGGCGGGAGACAUUCUAUGUAAUAGCAAAUUUUGAUGGCUGGUAGCUAUCUUUGGUGAAACUGAAAUUUAUGUUCAUUUCUUUGAUACAAAUA